AUGGCGAAACUUGCCAUAGUUGCAGCAUUGAAUGUUCUGUUGUAUGGGUUUCACAAUCAGCCAGACACAUUGCCAGAACUCUGGCUUUCGCUGAGCCAUCAUCUCAAAAAAGGAAGCCUCACAGCAGAAGCAAACAGUCUGCGUGAAGCCUUUGUCACAAGACUGCGAUCGUGA